UGGGGAGCAAUCUGUGGCCGGGAAAUUGACUCCAUCUUGGAGAAAAGUAAUGGGCUGGCCCGCAAGAUGCCUGACAAACUGAAUACCAAAGCAGUGGAGUUAAUUGGUGCGUGAGAGAGCGUGAGUCUUGUGGGAGUGUUGCCGACGAAAAAGCCAAAAAGGCCGGCUAGUGGAUAGGUUGUACGUAUGAAAAAGUGUAGUGGGAAAGAGCUGGAUUCUUGGUUCAUUUUUGAAGCUGGGAUUGAAUCAAAAAAUUGGUUUGGUGGAUCGGACGGCCACGGUUGUGUCAAACACAUACAAAACAAUAUAGAUGGUGCAGUCGGAAUCAAUCAAGCAGGCAAUUCAUUCUGGUCCCGGGUUCACAAUCUGUUCUGCGAAAAGGCAAAUACGAUAGUUCGAACUAGGGAGGCUGUUGAAUCACGCUUUAAAGUUAUGAAUCAUCAGUGUUCUUUAUGGAAGAGAAGUUUGCAAAAAGCAAAUGCAACCCAGAGAAGUGGAUCCAAUCUGAUCGAUGUGGUAUUUUAAAUUAUUUCCUCCCUAAUUUUAUUGCAACAUUUUAUGUAUUACAUGAAUAUAUUAUUCAUUAUUUCUAUUUUACAUUCUAUUAUAAUU